UGAUAUGGUUCAAAGGCUUGGAAGCAUAUACGAAUCUUAUGUUUCAAAAGUCACAAAUAUUGAUAAUAUAUAUUUAAUAGCGGCUUCCUUGAAAGAUCGAAAACCACAAUGUAUUGUUGCAACUGCAUCGACUACAACAAAAGAUAAUGAGGUUAAACAUGUAGUUAAGGAAUGUACUAACUCUUCGGUAGUUAAAUUUACAAGACCAAAAGUCUUUUAUGAAUAUUUUUGUUCUAAAGGUGCCAUCGAUAUUAAUAAUCAG